AUGGUGCUGGCUUGCGGACACAUCUUCUGCCAUGGCUGCCUAGACAGAAUCUGGGGAAACGAUCGCAAGGAGAAACGCAAGCUGGCAUGCCCCGUCUGCAAAGCCGAGAUGCAGUGCCAGCAUUGCGGCAAGAAGGCUCGUGUGGUCGCCAUUCCCAUUCUCUUCUACAAUGCCGAGACCCCGAAGAGAGUCCCUCUGACCCUACCAGAAGGUGCAGGUGAGAGAGCAGUGAUGGAACUGAGGCAGCUAUUCGGCGAAGACUCUGUGGCCAAUCCGAGAGAGGUGGAAAUACGGAAGCUGUACAACGAGAUCAUGGACGACCUGGACAAAGGAAACAACGGCGUGCCGCGUGGACAGGACGAGAUAGAGAAGCACUUUAUGAAUCUGGUUUCUAAAAGUUACCGGGGGCUAUGGCGCUUACGGGACACGUUCAUCAGGAACAAGCAGCGCGAAUGCAGCGAAACUGAUCUGUGGCAAUGA